AUGCACGCGCCGCAGACCGAGAAACUAAAGCGCCGGCUGGCGUCAAUUCACGAUUCGGCGCAGCGGCAAUCGGCACACACACCACAGGCAAUGCGGCAGCCGACAAUUGCCGCUAAGCCCGAGCCCUUCAUAAACGAGCAGUUUGUCGGGUUCCUGGCCGGUGGGCCCUUCAACCGGUUCGCGUUGGCAUUGAAGUCGCAGCUGGAGAACGAGAUUGACUGGGCAUGCGCGCGACUGGUUCCGGCGACACACCAGUGCCCCGACACGUGGACAUUGCACCAGCACGCGCCGUUCCUGGUCGAGGCCAUGCUGAGCAUUCUUGAGCGGUCGCGCAGCGAGCUCGCGUCUCCCAGCAAGCCAAGCGACGACGUAAAGGCGGUGCUGCUAGCGGACGUGGGCAGCGAGAGUCUUGGGCAGCGGGCGUCCGAGCGGGCGGACCUGCUGGCGACAGCAUUGUUCAACAUAGCGCAGAUUGGCGAAAAUGCCGGGGUGAUGGCGCAGGACCCGCGGCUCAUCAUUGAGGCGACGAACUGGCUCAAGACCGACGGGCACGCAGCCAUCAAGGCAAAUAUGCUGGACCUGCUCGACAUGCUGCUGCCAUUGGCGCCGCAGCCGCCGUUCGACACGUGCAUCAAAACGUGGCCGGUGUUUGGGUCGCGCGAGGCCAUCACGCUGGACCCGCUGGUGCUGGUCGAGACGUGUCUGUGGGAGCAGCUUGUGCGUGUGCUGUGCGAGUCGCAGGAGCGCACGCUGGUGCUGGGCGCCAUCAGAGUGCUGGUGCAGGCCAUAGCCUGGCACCCGCAGCUGGCGCGCGAGGUACUGGAGCUGAGCGUGCCAGACAGCCUCUCAGGCCAUACCGUGGAGUCUGUUGGCGAGCUGGUCAACCGGCGGCUCAGCGAGCUGAUUCUGUCGCCAGACGCCGAGCUGGUGAGUGCGGCGCUGGAGCUGUUGCUGAACACGGUGCGGCUCGAGGCCAUGGCGAACGCGCUGGAUGACGAGCUGGAUGCGUAUGCAGAGCGGACCGGCAAGGGUAAGAAGAGGAGAAAGGUGCGCGGCAUCGACAUCUCUGAACCGCAGUCGGGCACAGACUCGGGCACACAGACGCCGAUUUUCGGGCUCCGGCCGUUGUCGCGGUCGAUCAGUGUGAUGCAGAGCGAGGAAAGCGAGCCGAGCAUGCUACCAGACGGCCUGGCUGCGCUAGUCGCGCUAGUGAGCCAGCAGUGGCUGUCAGCGGCAUGCCCACCGGUUUUGGACGAUAGCAAGGCCGAGCCGACGAAACAUAGCAGUAACACGCAGCCCCAGACUGCUCCGGAGCCAGCGAAUAAGCCACCAACGGAACCCGAGCUGCGCGAGGCCUGCACAUGGGUGCUGCUGAACUACGAGCUAUGUCUGGUGCCGCCGGGUCAGCAGCCGAGCGUGGUGCGUAUGAGCGAGCUGUACCGCCGGUACAUGAUUGCCAAGCAAGGCCAGACAGUGCCGCGUAUUGGACGGGCGCUGAAUCCGCCCGAGAUUGUGCGGGUCGUCGCAGCUGUGUUCCCCAAGGCGCCAUUGCAAAAUGCGGGUCAGCGCGGACAGGACAAUUGGAUUGCAAUGCACCUGAAGGCAAAGUCACAGAACAUCGUGCCCAUUCCUGCCGUGGUUGUCGAUGCCGUCGAGCAGCCAAAGCCCGAGCCGGAGAAAAAGCCGCCCAAUACAUGCCUGUGGUUCGAGUGCGACCAGGCGUUUGACAGCGAGCAGGCGGCGCUCGAGCACCUGCACUCGCAUAUGCCAGGCGCCGACGCGUGCCGGUGGAGCGGCUGCAACCGGCUCCCCGCAACUGGCGGCGUAGCGGCCUGGUUGCCCACCCAUAUCCUGACGCACGGCCCGUUCUUCAAAGACCAGAAUGACAAGCCUGCCAAGAGCCUGCCAGACGUCCGCACGCUGGCAGCCAAGCUGCGCGACGAGAAAUCGCAUAUGCUGGCCAGCAUCGUGCCGCUGUUCAGAACCGACAACCAGCAGCAGGUGCUCGGCUUGGUGUUGCAGGGCGUGGCAGUGCUGGAGCAGCUGCAAAAGUGGGCCGACAGGCGGUCUGGGCGUCGUGGCGAAAUCGACCGCAAGCGCGUGUGGAGGAACGGCGACUUGGUCGUCGAGCGCAUCGCUGAUCUGGCCGGCCUGAGCGUCCACAUUUCUCCCUACGUGUCCAAGUUGCUGGCCUUGAUCAAGCGAUCAAAUGUCGAUUAG